UUUGAUGGGCAUAGUUAUAUCAUAUUAUACAUUGGAAUAAAAUAUCAUCUGGCUUUCCAAAAUUUCUUGUUUCUUCGUCAAGUUGAUAUUCAUUUCAAUACAUUGAUAUCAAAAUUCAUCUGGGUUCCCAAUUUCUUGCUCCUUUCCACAUUCACCUGUGUAUAAGAUAUCUCUGUCAUUGAUAUUCAUCCACUCUUGUUUGUUUCAAAUUGAAAGAGCAUCCAUUGGAUAAUUCAGAUCACUGGUUAAUGUAAGGUGUUCCUGUCUAAUCGUAUAUGUCUCGUGGGAAUGUUAGAGAAUGAAGAAAAAGGUUCCAUUUUUGGCGUCAGCUUUUCUGAGAUAGACUAUGUAGGAAUAGGUUGGUGUAGUUUCAGAGUAGCUGGUUCCUAGUUUUAUCAAUGCGAUCUUAGUGUUUUUUGGGCCUAUUUCACAUUGUUUUUCUCCACUCAUUUGUUGCAUCAGCUUUGGUGAGAUUAGCUAAUUGUGACUGAGUCUUCAUAUUGUCUGGGGGUCUUCUUUGGAAAAAGAUGAGUUUGGAAGAAAUAGCUAAUAGCUCAUAUUAGGUGUUUGUCGCCCGAUUGACAUGGUUGAGAGAAAUGCACAUUCCAUGGGGAUUUUUGGCCGAAAAUCCUUGUUUUGUUUGUUUUCAAUUACAUCUGUUUUGUUCAUGUUGUCUUGGUCCUAUGUGCUUCGUUCAGCUGGUCGGCCUCACCUCAAUAUAGUACCCAACUCCAAGCUUCUCGCCUUGGCAGAUGAUGGGAAUUCCCGGUCCAGGACUCACAGAGAUGGUGACAUCCCUACAUUGAGCAAAUCACGGAAAAAGUUUAACUUGUUUAAGUGCAAUCCUAGUAACCAACUUCUUAAAGUUUUUAUGUAUGACCUGCCCCCUCAGUUUCAUUUUGAACUUUUGGGCUGGAAGGCUGAGGGGAAGACUGUUUGGCCCGAUAUCCGCAGUACAGUUCCUCAAUAUCCAGGUGGAUUAAACUUGCAGCACAGUAUAGAAUAUUGGUUGACAUUGGAUCUUCUCUCUUCUGAAUUUGCUGACAAUUUGAAUGGUCGAACUGCCAUAAGAGUGCGUAAUUCAAGCGAAGCUGAUGUCAUUUUUGUUCCAUUCUUUUCAUCAAUCAGUUAUAAUCGGUUUUCAAGGCUUAAGCCACACCAAAAAAGAAGAAGCAUGAACACCUUACUGCAGGAAAAGUUAGUUGCCUUUUUAACAGCUCAGGAAGAAUGGAAAAGAUCAGGGGGGAAAGACCAUAUUAUUAUGGCCCACCAUCCAAAUAGUCUUUUGGAUGCAAGAGUUAAGCUUUGGCCUGCAAUGUACAUCCUUUCUGACUUUGGAAGGUAUCCUCCCAGUGUAGCUAAUGUUGAAAAGGACAUAAUUGCACCUUACAAGCAUGUAAUCAGGAACUAUGACAAUGACACUUCUGAUUUUGUUACUCGACCAAUUCUUCUUUACUUCCAGGGAGCUAUAUACAGAAAAUAUGGUGGGUUUAUUAGGCAAGAGUUAUUCUAUAUGCUGAAAGAUGAGAAAGAUGUUCACUUCUCAUUUGGAAGCGUUCAGAAGGACGGAAUAAAACAAGCUACAGAGGGAAUGCACUCCUCCAAGUUCUGCCUAAACAUUGCUGGUGACACUCCCUCAUCAAAUCGCCUCUUUGAUGCAAUUGCUAGUCACUGUGUACCAGUGAUCAUUAGUGAUGAAAUAGAGCUCCCCUAUGAAGAUGUUCUUGAUUAUUCUGGAUUCUGCAUAUUCGUUCCUACCUCAGAGGCUCUCAAAGAAAAAUUCCUCAUAAACCUCAUUAGGAGCAUUGACAAAGAAGAGUGGACUAGAAUGUGGACAAGGUUAAAAGAGGUUGAAAAUCUCUUCGAGUAUAGGCAUCCUUCCAAGGACAAUGAUGCUGUUCAAAUGAUCUGGCAAGCAAUUGCCCGUAAGGUUCCUGCUGUUAAUCUCAAGUUACAUAAAUCCUGGAGAUUUUAUCGCACCCCUUGGAGAGAAAGAGGGUUGAAAUCAGCUCUAUUGCCCAAAAUUUUUCAGUAA